GGCCGUUAAACCAAUGGCAAGGGGAGAAGACGCCAGCGGGCGUGGUUAUGGUGCCAGCAGGUUUUCGCCGAGCUUACACUUAGUGUCAGGUCAGCGGCGUCACAGGUUCAGUUUGUUUGGAGUCAGCAUGGAGGGAAGAUGGGGGUGAGGUAGCGGAAGGGCCGCUAUCAGCUUUGGUCGUCGCUGCCCGGUGUACGUGACACGGACUGCUUCUUCUUCCCCCGCCUCGGCCGUCACAGACUUAAAGCGAAGGGCGUCAGCCGAGCGCUGUGUCGGCUCACCACCCUACCCCGGAGGAGGAGGAGAACAACAGGCCCGGGGGACGGAAUAAAAUGGAGGACAAGAAAGAGGAGGGCGAGGCGGAAAUCCAGGAACACGGCCCCGAAUACUGGUUCACCAAAUGGGAGCGUCAGUGCCUGGCCGAGGCCGAGCAGGAGGAGCAGCCCGAGGCCGACGCCGAGGACGGGCAGCACAAGCUGUGGCAUCUGUUCCAGAACUCUGCCACCGCCGUGGCGCAGCUCUACAAAGAUCGCGUGUGUCAGCAGCAGGGCCAGCCGCUAUGGGCCACCUUCCAGAACGCCGCCACCGCCGUCACCAACCUGUAUAAAGAAAGCGUGGAUACUCAUCAGCGGACCUUUGAUCUUGGAAUUCAGGUUGGCUACCAGCGGCGCAAUAAGGAUGUUUUGGCCUGGGUGAAAAAGCGUCGACGAACUAUUCGUAGAGAGGAUUUAAUAAGCUUUCUAUGUGGCAAAAUUCCACCUCCACGAAACUCGCGUGCACCACCAAGAUUAACUGUUGUAUCUCCAAACAGAGCUUCACCCUCAGAAACUGACUCAUCUGUAGAGACUGAUUUACAGCCAUUCCGAGAAGCAAUAGCUCUUCAUGGUCUGAAUGGCGCAAUGGCUAGUAUAAGUGUUCGCUCAAGUACCCCGGGCUCGCCCACCCAUGUCAGUGGAAGUUCUAAUACCAGCCGUAGGAGAAAUGGACUCCUUGAUGUUGAUUUGAAUACUUUCAUAUCUGAGGAAAUGGCACUCCACUUGGACAAUGGUGGCACUAGAAAGCGUACCUCAGCCCAAUGCAGCAACGUCAUUACGGACUCUCCAACCAAUAAACGCAACAGAAUGAUCUAAUACUACAAAAAAAUCGAAAAAUCCACCAUGCUGCUUGAAAGCCACUUUAUCCUCAACAUACUGUCUGAAAGGAACCAUCUUCCCUUUUCACUGUUUAAAACAAGUGAAUUCAACAAUUGCCAUAAAGAAGUUCUAAAUAUUACAGUAGAUGCAUAUUGGCUUUCUUUGAACAUUACACUUAACAGAACAUCUAAAAUUGUGUAGUAUAUGGUAAGAUCAUCCUAUGUGAACAUCAGUCCAUUAAAUGCAAAGUGACCUUACUUGUAUUUGCAAAGGGAAAGAAAUCAUUAUUCAUAUUUUUUUGUGUAUUGCUUCAACAGUAUUGCCAUUUGGGUUUGCCCAAUACUCUAGUGGGCAUACAUCAGUUCUGUAGACUUCCAUUGUGUUUUCAUACACUGCGAAUCCUUAAGAGUUAUUUUACUUUCUGUUGAAUUCUGGUUACUGUGUGAUUAUGUGCAGAGGUGCUAGGACAGUCAUACACAGCAAAUCCAUCAGAGAGGCUGGUGGCUUCCCUUUGUAUGUUUUAGUGCUCUGACAUGCCAAUAUUAAAACGUCUCCAAAUGACUCUCCAUAGGCUUUGGUCAGUUUCAGCAUAUGUAUGCACUUAUUUACAUGCUUGUUGUAACCUUGUUAGGUAAUUGUAACUGUAUAAGCCACACUAAACCCUAAAAGAACCCAAAUUAUUGCUAUAACUUUCUCCUUGUACAUUUUUGGUCGAUAGUGUAUUUAUUCUGUUAUUUGAAGGUAUAGUUCCCCUUUAAUUUUUACUUGAUUUCUUUCUUUCUUUCUUUCUAGCCAAACAGGCAUUUUGUCCCAACCAACAUAUACAGAACAAUUUAGUCAUAUUGGGAUUGUGUUGAAGUAUAUUCCUCUUGUGAGCGAUAAGGUAUAACAUUUUUAGUGGUAUUUCUUCGUGUCGCUGUGGCAUGCCAUCUGACACAUUAGAAUGCUUGCUGCAGCUUCGUUCUUUGCCCUAGACUGCAAAAGGUUUGUUUGAAUGGUCUGACUAAAUCUUAAAAUGGCUACCCAGUUUUAGACUUUUAUAGUGCUUUAAAUCUCCUCUUCCCAUGUAAACAAAUGAUAUUUAGGAAGCAUAAGACUUCACCAGUCUAUUAUUUACCUGUGUUUAAGCUUACUGUUGGAAUUGAACACUAUACUCUCUGUACUGAAAGAUGGUAUUGUACCGCUUUGCAAGUAGCUCAUGGAUGCCCCAAACAGUAAAAGGGCUACCAAAAGAAGGUUCCUUUGUAUUACUUUGGUGCACAGUGUAAACACAUUGAACUUAUUCCUGGCCACUUGAGAAAUAAAUCCAGCUUUGUAUAAUGUUGAACAUUUUGAUCUGUAUAACUUUUGUAUUAUUGGGAAUGUUAUAAUUUAGAACCUUGCAACCAAUUUACGCGGAAUCAUUUGGCCUUAAUCUGCUGUUUUCUGAAUCCAUGUGUUUUGUCACCAGACUUCAUCUGUGACAUUGUGUAAACUGAACUUCAUUUUUUAUGGCAAUAAAGGCACUCCUGCGAACAAUGGUGAAAUGGUCUGAUAGUUGUUGGGGGAGGGGUUGGGGUGGAGAGACCAAAACAUUGGAGUGCCUUAUAUUUGUUUCUGUACGGUCACCUUGGAAGAUCUAAAGUGCACGUGUAUUCAUUGGUAAGGUAUACAUAUCGGUGCUGGUCAUUGGUGAAAACCAAUAGUGAAUUGGUGUCAAUGUUGAGCACCAUCAAUUUUUUUUGAGCUUUAGUUUAUUGGAGAUGAGAAUUUUAUUUUUAUAUGGCUUUUUGGUAGCAGUCACCUGUGCACAAAGCAAAAUCUCAGUCAGUACAAAUAUGGUUCUCCUGUGUUUUUUUUUUUUUUUAUUCAAUAGAUUAUAUAUUUUUUAUUUAUAUUUAUUUAAAAUGCUCAACACUUACUGAAAUUGUUUUGCACCCAAUACCCCUUAAAUACCCCUUGCAGUGUUCCUGCCGUUUCCCAUAUUGAAUUGGCUACAGUUCACAUGUAUGCAGUGCUGCUGCCAAAAAUGAGUAUAUGAAAGAGUCUACAUCUGACAAUCAUCAGUCGCUAUAUGUACAUGUACUGUCUAAGCUUCUCAUAUUGACGUUUUCCACUUUAAGUAGGUUGAGUCAUGUCUAGACAACAAGUAUAAUGGAAGGGCUGCAGGAAGGUUUCUUGGUAAAAGCAUUAGAAGUAAGGUCACCAUUUUACACCAGUUGCUUGGAUUGUGCCAAGUGUAUAUUAAAGUUGCCCUUUUAACAUUGUGUGAGCUGUGUUUAUUAAAAUAAAGGCCGAUUUUCCUUU